CUCUGAGGUUCGUCUCCUGGGGAGGGACGACUUCAACGCCUCCUGCGCUAAAGAAAUGGCUCUGCUGGCUCUGAUGGAGAAGACAGGAUACAGCAUGGUGCAGGAGAACGGACAGAGGAAGUACGGAGGACCGCCACCAGGUUGGGAAGGCCAGCCUCCUCCUCGGGGCUGUGAGGUUUUCGUGGGGAAGAUUCCCAGAGACAUGUAUGAGGACCACCUGGUCCCUCUGUUCGAGCGAGCCGGCAAGAUCUACGAGUUCAGGCUGAUGAUGGAGUUCAGCGGGGAGAACCGCGGCUACGCCUUCGUCAUGUACACCAACAGAGAAGCGGCCCAGCGGUCCAUCCAGAUGCUGGACAACUACGAGGUCCGGCCGGGGAAGUUCAUCGGCGUCUGCGUCAGUCUGGACAACUGCCGGCUCUUCAUCGGAUCCAUUCCCAAAGACAAGAAGAAGGACGAGAUCAUAGAGGAGAUGAAGAAGGUGACCGACGGUGUGACGGAUGUGAUUGUGUAUCCGAGCUCCACCGACAAGAGCCGGAAUCGAGGCUUCGCCUUCGUCGAGUACGAAUCCCACAAAGCUGCAGCCAUGGCCAGGAGGAAGCUCAUACCUGGAACCUUCCAGCUGUGGGGUCACUCCAUCCAGGUGGACUGGGCUGAACCAGAGAAGGACGUGGACGAGGAGGUGAUGCAGCGAGUCCGAGUGCUUUAUGUUCGUAACCUGAUGCUGGACACCACGGAGGAGACUCUGCGUCAGGAGUUCUCCCACUUCAAGCCGGGUUCCGUGGAGCGGGUCAAGAAGCUCACCGACUACGCCUUCAUCCACUACCGUUGCCGCAGCGACGCCGUCACCGCGCUCAGCGUCAUGAACGGCGCCCAGAUCGACGGCGCCACCGUGGAGGUGAUGCUGGCCAAGCCGGUCGGCCCCAAGGACGGAGGCGUGGCCGUGAGGAGGUUCAGCAGCAGGAGGCACCUGGGGGGAGGAGGGCCAGGAAACGGCAUGUUCCUGCUGGACGGAGGAACCGCAGACACAGGUUCUCCUCUGAGGCCCGUCGGACCCCCGCCUCGCCUGGACAGCCCCUUCUGCUCCACAGGUCAGCUUCAGGAGUUAGUCAAAGACCUGGACAGGUGUGUGUUCCCCCUGAUGCCCGGGACUCCCCUCUCUCCCGCCACCCUGCUGUCACUCAAACAGAGUCAGAUCGGUUCUGCCGUCAGCCUGCUGGAGUUCUACUGCCGCAAAAACUACUGGUCCCCGCCCGAGUACCACCUGUACGCCACACCUGGACCGAACGAGAAGCUGCUGCUGGUCUACAAGGUGGUGAUGCCGUCCACACGGAGCACCUACAUGCCCGACAAGCUGUGUGUGCUGCUGGACGAUGCCAAAGAGCUGGCUGCUCAGACCACGCUGUGGAACCUGGACUCGUCCUUCCUGAGUGCAGCUUCCUGUGAAUCUCCCAGCAGCCCUUCCUCUCCUCUGGUCAUGUCUCCACCGCCUGUCUCCAGGCCAGGAGUUCUGACCUGUGGAGGAAGAGCCUUCUCCUCCUGCCUCCCUGCUCCUCCUCCUCCUCCUCCGUCUCCGUUCCCCAUCCCUUCGUUGCCCACCUCCUCCCAGACCCAGAGGCUCUACAUCAGCCCAACGUCUCCCUUCUACUGA